GGUGUUCACGGUGUCAGCGAGUGAUGGUGAUGAUGGCCCUGCUGGUCAAGUGACCUAUGAAAUGCAAGAAGAAGGCAACUUAGAAAAUGGAAAUGCUGUUUUCUCUGUUGGAUGUAAGUUACUCUUCUACAGUCGGUCUGUUGGGCAGCCAACCGAUCAGUUAGUCAUAUAUUGGACCAUUGAGCAUAGUAUUAAUGUACAGUCAGUUUGUCGGGCAGCCAGCCAAUCGGUAUUAUCAGUCAAUCAUAUAUUGGGGCAUUGAGCCUAGUACUAAUCUAAUUCUAUUCUCAAUUUUCUAGCUGUCUCGGGUGAGGUGAAAACAGCCAUUGUAUUAGACUUCGAACAACAUCACACUUUCACCAUAACGGUGACAGCCCGAGACAACGGCGUACCAAAGCAAAGCAGCAACGUCACUCUAUAUGUAACAGUAUCGGACGCAGACGAUAAUCCUCCCAAGUUUACACAAGAUUCCUGGUCAGCGACGGUGAAAGAAAACGCAUCACGUGGUGAAGCCAUAACUCAAGUGAACGCAACGGACAUCGACUUCGAGACGGCACAUCGGAAAAUAUAUUACGUCAUUUCCGGCGGAAAUGAGGACGGCGUGUUCGGGAUUGGAUACGAGAACGGUACCGUGUAUCUCGCGGAUCCUGGGAAACUGGAUCGAGAAAAGAGUGAUAAAUAUGAGUUGACUAUCGAAGCCCGCACUUUGAAUGAAUUUAUGAAUGUUACUGUUCAACAAAGUACCACAAAGGUAUAAAAUCUUUAUUUAUACGGGACAGUUCUUCCUUGUAAAAGUGAUCUCUUAUUGAUUCAGUGUUAUCUAAACUGAACUAACUUUAUUUAUACUGAAUAUCUCUAUCAGUUGUAAACUGUUCUCCCUAGAGGUCCAGUAAGGAUCAUCCCUUAUUGAUCCAGUGUUACUGUAAGAAGAGACUAACUUAACCAGGGACCGCGAAAUAGGGGAAGGGGGCCAUGCCCCCCACUUUUUCGGUGGAUAAUGAAAAAUUACCGGAUGAAAUCCAGGUUGCCUGCGUGGAAUAGCUCCCGUGUUAUCCUUUCCCCCCCCCCCCACACUUUUAAACAGGCUCCGCGGUCACUGUUAACUUAACUACUAAAUAACUCUAUCAGCUAUUUCAACACGACAGACGGUUAAGCGAUUAUAGCAUAGUCUUGCACAAGGCACAGGAAUGUUUGCGCCACUACCAAACAGCAAGUGAAAUAAACAAAAUAUUUCUUCUAGUUAACCAUUCUAGUCGAAGACUACAAUGACUACGCACCUGUAUUCCGAGAAAGCCGCUACAGCAAGAAAAUUCCUGAAAGUUUCGAACUGAACGAGGAGAUCCUCACAGUCAUCGCUGACGAUAAAGAUAUUGGAAUAAAUAAAGAAAUAUCGUAUUUUAUUGUAGCUGGCAAUGAUGAAGGUAUUACUUAUUUUGACCAAAAUAUUUUGCAGUAA